CACACUCACACGCCCUUUCUCACAGAGGCAGACAGGUAGAAAGUAAGAGAUAAAGUAGAACAGGUUCUUUGAGCUGCGUCUGAGACUAUAAGCCUGGCAUGAAGAUGUUGGAAUGUCUGAUGUUCUCAAAAGUUUCAUCAGCACAGAGUCAUUCCUCAUAAUCUUGCAUCUAAAUUAGGAAUUACUUAAUAAGGUAUAAGGCUUUUGGGGAUCAAAUCUGGAGCGCAGAUAGAAAAUGUACCAUCAUCUGCCCAGGUCAGGUCUAAACAGGCUUAUAUUGGGGUUCUUGUUCACCAGCAUCAUGAUGAUGUUGUACUGUUUUUCGACACCAGCAUUCCAAACCAACACACCAAGAUUUCCAGUGCUGGCUCCAUGUGCAAAUAAAACCCCACCAUGGCAAAAGAAGAAGGCAUCUUUCUCAACAAGUAAGGUGGAGCACUGUGUGCCAAAAGUGAACCUGAUGUUCUUGAAGACCCACAAAGCAGCAAGCAGCACUAUUCUAAAUAUUCUCCUGCGCUAUGGGGAGAAGAAUGGGCUGAAGUUUGCUCUCCCCAUUGGUCGCAAUGACUUCUCUUAUCCAGCUACAUUCAUGCGCAUGCACGUGAAGGAUUACAGGCCAGGCGCAUGCUUCAAUAUCAUCUGCAACCACAUGCGUUUCAAUGCUCCUGAGGUCGAAGCGCUUCUACCAGACGAUGCAUUCUUCUUCACCAUCCUCAGAGACCCAGCUCUGGUCUUCGAGUCCUCGUUCCAUUACUACAAAAGGGUAGUACCUUUGAUAUGGAGGAUCCAUGGUGAGGAUAAACUGACAGAUUUUCUGAAUGAUCCACAACUCCACUUUGACACAAAUGGCUUCAACUCCUUUUAUCUUAAGAACCUUCAUUUUUUCGACCUUGGCUUUGACAACAAAUUGGGUCCAGAGGAUCCGAUAGUGGACAGCGCCAUUCGUGCCAUUGCGGAGCGCUUUCAGCUCGUCCUGAUUGCUGAACAUUUCGAGGAGUCACUCAUUUUGCUCAAGGAUGCUCUCUGCUGGCAGAUAGACGACUUGCUGUUCUUCAGUAUGAACACACGCAGGCCGACAAGCGUGUUCCAGCUCACGCCCGAGAUGAGGGCCAAGGCACGUGAGUGGAAUGGAGUUGACUGGAAGCUCUACUGUUACUUCAAUGCCACGUUCUGGGCUAAAGUGGACGCCUACGGGAGGAAGCGCAUGGAGAAGGAGGUGCAAAUGUUGCGCCAGAGGAACAGCGAGAUGGCAGCCAUCUGCAUUAGCGGUGGGAUGGCUGUGGAGGAUCAGGACAUAAGGGACCAAAGCAUGAGGCCCUGGCAGCCUGUUGGAGAGCGCUCUAUUUUGGGAUACAACAUAAAGAGCAACAUUGAGCAGAAAUACAGGGAGCUCUGCCGAAAGAUGCUUAUGCCUGAAAUUCAGUACUUAACAGACCUGGGAGUAAAUCUGUGGAUAACCAGAUUAUGGGGCUGGUUCAAAGCUUUUUUAACAUUAUGAUUUAAAGAAAUAGUGCCAUUCUCUGUCUGACCUCAUGAUUCUAAAAGGAAUGGCACAAUUUAUUCUCUUUCAUAAAAUUAUAAAAUAUGGUAAACACAUUUCAUGACAUAACUAUGACAAAGAAAUGGCAGUAAAUUAGCUUGGUUCAUACGGCCCCAAAUCAGAAAAAGUAUGUUGAAAUUGAAAUUAAAACUGAAAAUGAUGAUUUAUAAAUAAUCUUUGAAUUUUAUUACACUCAAAAUGAUACAGCAGCACAUUAUUUGAUGU